UAUACUUCAACAUAGACCAUAACUCCUUUAAUAUCCUCCUUCAUCCCAGCCUACCUCCAUCUUCCCAACCUCUCAUCUUUUAACAUGAUGAAGGGGUUAGAGCUAGACUUGUCUGAAAAUUCUUCAAAAAAUUCUCCUUGUUUAUCAAUGGGAAUUGGGGAGCAGCCAAUAAUAUUAGAAAAUAGCAAUAACAAUAAAUCAUCACCAGGGGUAAGACCAUAUCUUAGAUCCAAAAUGCCGAGGCUGAGAUGGACACAUGAUCUUCACCGUAGCUUUGUACAUGCUGUUGAAAGACUUGGUGGAGAAGAUCGAGCAACUCCGAAGAUGGUGCUACAAUUGAUGGAUGUGAAGGGCCUCACCAUAUCUCACGUUAAGAGUCACCUUCAGAUGUACAGAAGCAUGAAGCAUGAACAGAUGAUGCAAGCUGAAGUAGAAGCAGCAAAUGGGAGUAAGAGGAAUAGAAUGGAUGGUCCAGAUCAAAUGAAUUAUACCCAUGGAAACUUUCUUAAAUACUAUAAUAAUGGCAAAGCCUUCUUUGAUGGCCAUCCUAAUUCGACAGUAACGACUAACUAUUCGGACCUUGCCUCCAGGCCUACUAUUUUUCCUCCUUCAUGGAAACAUAUGCAAGAGAUGAGGGAAAAUAAGAUCACGGGAUUCGAAGGAGCAUCCGAUCCUAACACUAUGUUCAAGGAUUUUUUCAAUGGUUGCAAUGUUCAAGAUGGCAAUAGGAACAAAAUGGUACGACAAUAUGGUAGCAGUACUUUGUCAAAUAAGAGUGCAUUUUCAAUUAUUGAAACAGCUGAAGAGGAAGACUCUGGUAGCACUCUGACGUUGUCCUUAGGAGCAUCUGCCAGUUUAGAUAUGACUAAUAUCUCUCUUGAGCUCACCCUUGGUUAAAUUCCUCAUUAUUUGACUCUCUUUUUGUGGGCUAGUCCAACGAAGUAAUCUUCUUCUUGUUCAAACUAGCUAGGUUAGAACUUUGUAACUUAAUCAGUUUUUCUAAUCUAUAGACUGACCAAUAUCUGUCCUAUAAUCAUGAUAUAGUACAUAAUGUACGGCUUUUAACUUUAUGGAUAUUGUUGAA